AUGUCCAUCAAUAAUUCAACCGGAUCCGUGCUCAGGAAUCAUCCCGAUAUUGUAGUUAAUUGGCGAGGUUUGCUCGGAGAGCUCUGCGGAACGUCAUUGUAUACGUUCAUGGGAUGCACAGCAGCUUGUUUUUCAACGGGAGACGUAUUUCAAACCUCGCUAUGCCUAGUUUUCACUCAAGUUGCUUGUUUUCAUAUAUUUGCACCAAUUAGCGGAGCACAUUUCAAUCCAAUCAUAACUCUUGCUACCCUCAUAACCAGAAAUAUUGGAGUUUUAACAGGAAUACUGUAUAUUGUCAUGCAAAUUAUUGGAGGAGUGAUUGGAGCCGCAUGUUGCUUGUUGGUCACUAAAUCGAUACAACCUGCUAUUUUCCAACCUCCACAAGAUGUAGGCGAUGCAUUUAGAGCAUUUGCCUUAGAAAUUAUUCUUGGAUUUUUUAUUGUGAUGACCAUGUUUGGAUCUUUGAUCAAGUCACAACAUUUGAGCCAAGAAACAGGUCUGGAACCAAUCUCCUCUGUAGUGGCGACUAUUCCUGUUGCACUGGCUAUUGGAGGUGGUGCCCUUGUGAAUGGAAGCAUGAAUCCUGUUCGAGCGCUUGGCUCACAAAUUAUAGGAUGGACUUGGUAUCCAAAUUGUUGGGUUUAUUUCACUGCUCCAUUUAUUGGUGGAGCGCUAGGAGGACUUUUCUAUGAAUUUAUUGUCACAAAACCUAGAAGAAAUUAUAUUGCCCUUAAAUAA